AUGGCGGAGCGAUGGCGUCCCGAAACCCAUAUGUUCCACCUUGCGGAGGGGGAAAUGACGAUCACCCUCAAAGACGUGGCGAUCUUCACCGGGCUGCCUAUUUCUAGAGAUGCCAUCAUUGGUUCCACUACCAAACCCGAAGGAGGUUGGGGGCCGCUCAUUCGUGAUCGUUUGGGCUUGGACAUGCCGACCACCACACCAAUUCAAGGACGGGGGCAUCCACCGUUGAAUGCGGGGCAAGUGUCGGUCCCGUGGCUGGUAACUCACAUCCAGGUUGAGGUGGAAAUCAAUGACGAGACUCCGGAAGAACAAGUGGAGCGCUACGCCCGCAUCUACCUCAUUGGUUUGGUGGGUGGAUUUCUGUUCCCCGACAAGUCGAACCGGUGGAUUCAAGGCAUAUGGUUGGAAUUGCUCACUGGUGACUAG